CUGGGUAUUUGUAUCUCGUCGGCGACAAAAUAGUGUAACAAACAUAAUCUAGCGGAAAGCGUUUGUUUUUCUUUCUAUGUAUGCUGCCUGGAAUUACUGCGGUUGUGUUUAACAAUGAUAAUGCCUGGUUGUUACUUGAAGAUGUUUAAUAAAAUAUAAGUUAAAUCUAUAUAUACAACUUCCGCUAGAUUAUGUUUGUUACACUAUAUUGUCACCGACUGGCAAAAGGAACCAUAUAAGAUCAUAUAUCUAUAUAUCAAUAUUCUAACCAGGUGUUUUUGUACCCAUAAAAUAUUCUACUUAUGAUAAUAUUAUAAUAUUGUAUGCAAAUUCUACCAUCCCCUUUUGUUCAACUUUAUCGCGGCCGACUGACGCGUAAAAGAGGAACCAAUUGUUGUCAUGUGAUUUGCUUUCAGGACAUCACAGCUGACGGAGCAAAUAUUUUGAUUCUUGUUUUUGGUUUUGACAUGUAAUUGCAUUGUUCUCAAAAAUGUAUGCUGCCGCGACGGAGAGUUUAAUAAAGCAGGCAAGAGAAAUAAAGGAGGAAGAGCUGCAGAGGUUCUGCGGGCGCAUAUUUAAGCUCCUCCACACUAAAGACGUUAGUGGAGACACAGUGGACUCCCUCCAGAGGCUCCAUCUGAUUGUUUCUGCUACUAAAUAUGCCAGAGAGCUUCCAUCAGAUCUGGUGCUGAAGCUGCAGACUGUUCUUGGUUCUUCAUCAUGUCCAGAGCAGCUUCUGGUUCUGUCCUCCUCCAUCAUACGGGAGAGUGUUCCUCCCAGCGUGCACAGUCUCUGCUCUGAUCUCAGUCAGGACAGCAGGACCUUUAGCUAUGUGGCCAGUGUCGUUCUCUCUCAGGCUGGAAAUAAAGAAAAUGUGAUCCCCCUUUGCCACCAUCUGCUGAAAAGUCUCGAGUCUCGGCUGUCUGACGGGCUGAUAUCUAAACAUGCACUUCCCAUUCUCUCUAAAAUGACUACUGCUUAUCCAGAGAUUCUCACAGAUGAUCAGGUGAAUCUGGUCAGUCGUAAGUUGGUGGAUUGGUUGCGUUAUGCCAGUAUGCAGCAGGGAGCCUCCAUGUCUUCUGGGGGAUUUUUCAGUGGGCCAAGAACACGUCAGCCAGCUCCACUGAUGGAGGUGGACGGGGUGGUAACGGGCGACUUCUUCACUGUGCUGUGUGUGGGCCAGAGCUACACUGAGGACCAGUGGAUGAAUAUGUACGCUUUCUCUAUGAUCAAGAGUUGGCUGCUCACUUACGACACAGACGGAACUACAAACACAGAAUCAGCUCUACUAAAAAAAGCACAGGUCAUUCAGUCACAGCAGCCAGAUGAUCGCUCAGAGGUGGACAGCUCAGUGAUGUCCAUGGUGUCAGCCACGUCCUCCUCAAGCAGACUACUUUCUCCCAAAGAGAGACUCCGAGAGAAGGCUUUUGAAUACUGUCAGCGUCUCAUUGAACAGAGUGACCGGAAAGCUCUGAAGAGGAUGGAUACAGAGCUACAGAAAGCAUGUAUCAUUGAGUCAGUGUCAAUAAUCGACAUCAUCUGUGGUGAGGACCCGUCGUAUGUAUACCGUGCCUUCCCCUGCAUCAAAGCCCUGUACGGCAGACUGAACGGAGACUUCACCUAUGCUCGAGCCCUGCUGCCUAUCGCUCAGUUCUACCUCAACCACAGCGAGACGGCCGCCGUGGACUCCGAGGCUGUGUUUUGCCAGCUCUUCAGCCACUGUCCCACCGAGCAGUUCAACGAUCCCAUGCUAGCUUUCGAAUUUGUCCAGUUUUGUCUACUCAAUUCCAGUGUGCUGCAGGACAGAGUGGCCAACUACAGACAGAGCUUCCCAAACCUCCUGAAGUUCUUAGCGUGGAACAGCUCAGGAUUGAUAGCAGAGUUUGUGGAGCUGCUUCCAUCACUAGUAGCUCCAGAUACAGCCAUUGAGUUACUGCACACUAUCCUUGAUCUGCCCUGCUUAGCAGCAACGCUGGACCUCCAGCAGAGAUCAGCGUGCUAUCAGGCUUCAGACCGUACCACGUGGGACCAGCAGGGGGCGAAGGUGGCCGCUUCACUGGAUGCCUUCCGCCAGCCGUCCUAUAGGGGGUUCUUCCUCUACAUCCUCAGACCGGAGGCUGGGACCGGAGACACCAUAGACAGGCUAAAACUGCUUCAUGAUAUUCUGGCUGACAUGGCGGAGAGUCCACGGGUCGUUCAAUGUGCUCAGGUCGUUCCUGUGCUUCUGCAUGUUUACUUCAACACUGUCACUCAGAAAGCUGAUGAGAAACUGAUGAACCAGCUGCUGCUGGUGCUGCUGGAGAGAAGUAGCCUGCUCUACAACAUCAAGACAUUUAAUGCUGAGGUCCAAAAGGUGUUCAGCACUCACCUGCAGACUCUGUGCAAACUCCACCCACCACUGAUUGUGGAUCAGUCCAGGGAGAUCCUGGAAUUUGCAGGCUCUCCUGCCAACAUUUUCAGUAAAGAAGACUUCUACACUCAUGUGGUGUGGGUCAUUGGCGAGUUUCUCUCGGUGUCAUACGACCCUCGCUGCACGGUGGAACUGAUCACAUCUUUCUUUGAGAGCUUGGAAGCGGUGCUUUUUGAGAUCACACAGGUGCGACAGUCAGCCAGCCCCCCGAGUUACUCCCCCCGCCUCAUCACUGUGCUCAUGACCACCCUGGCUAAACUGGCCACACGCAGUCAGGAUCUGAUUCCAAGAGCGUCACUUUUCCUGUCUAAGAUGCGGGUAUUUGCUCGUAGUGCUCCAGUAAUGGCGUGCUACAGUGAGGAAGACACUGAGGAGAUCAUCACACGAGCCCAUGAACUUAUUAACUUGCUCAAGUUGCCAAAUGUGGCUCAGUUUGUCCUGGCCCCUUCAGCAGGAGGCGACGGCCCCCGCUGGCACAGAGACACAAACGCCUCACUUCCUCAGGCCAUGAGAGCAGUCAGCGGUCUCCUCCAUAGACAUUCCAGCUUCCUGCCCACGUAAGCCAAUUCUAGGAACUCGCUUUUGAAGUAAGUGCACAGAAUACCAAGAGAGCGUUUCUGAAGGACACAAAGAGGGAGUUAAAGGAAAAGGGAGAGACACUGAAGCAAAACAGACAAGCACUUCAUCAUGAUUUUCACUUCUGCUGAACAUAUUCUUAUCAAUUACAAAUAUAUCAAAACAAACAUCAAGACUCAAGAGGUUUAUGGUUUAUUCUUUGAUUUAUUCAAAUGAUUGUUAGAGACACUUAUAAAAAAUUACACAUUCUAUGUGUUUAUUGUCAGGUUGUUACAUUAGUAUCAAAACUGUUAAAAUACAGCUUGGAUCAAAAAUCUAUGAAAGAAUUUUCCAUAUACAUGAAAUUUGACACGGUACAAAUGUCUUAGGUGCUUAUUGUCAUAUUAAUGUGGCAUUAUGACAAACUAUUUUACAUUCAAAGUCACAGUGCUUAAAAACAUACUCUGUCAUAUCUGAGAUUCCUGGCUAAAGCCGUGGUCACACUAGACUUUGAGCACGUGAAAUUUCUACGGACACGGCAAUGGUUGCACAAUGAUGUCACAUUCUGUCUUUUUAAAAAACAUAAUUCAACAUAUAACAUGUCAAAAAUUUAAAUAUAUUCAGUCUACUGCAAUGCUGCAGAUUUCAAGUUUGCAUUCUUUUAAUUCAGCUAAAAGGUCACGCUAUGGCAUAUCAAUCAAGUCUUUACGUGAUAUGCAUACGCAGGUCAGAGUUCACCAACAGGCCGAAAUGCAAAACGUCUUUGCUUGAGCUUGCGUGUCCUCUCUCCCACAUUCAUGUGCGUAUGAAAGGAAGUCAAUGGAACGAAAAGUGUAGUGUGUCAAGAGGUGAAACAGUCAUGCAGAGAACUGCUGGACACUAGUUACUCAUUGAACUGAUCACAGAUGGGAACAACCACACAAAAACACUCUGGAAAUAAACAAUUAUAAUUGUCUGUUAGCGUUAAAAGUGACGUUUUGGUUGCAAGAAUUUCAUCAAGGUUUGUAUUUUCAUGAGACCUUAAUUGGGUCUUACUAAAAAGAGGCACAUAAUUCAGCAAAGCAGCUUUCAAUGGGAGCUGAAUUGACUUGAAUUUUUAAUUUUACAUGGAUAAUAAAUCCUGUUAUCCCCUAUAUCUUUCUUUCACCUAUCUUACAAUCCUAUAGGAUCCAUUGUGCAACAAUUACAAAGCCAUUUCUAACA